AUGGAGGGUCCAGGGAUCCACCUUGCCCUGUGGCUUCUAACAUUUACCAUGCUCCUGCCGAUGCUUUCUAGUGAGGUAGCGUUUCCUCCCGGAAUCAAAAGACAACUCUGUGAAAGCGGGCAUCUUGGAGUAAUAUGCAACCAGCCGGUCAAGAGAGGCACCUGCCAGUACAAGUUCUACAGAUACUACUUCAACCCAGAAACGGCCUUAUGUGAGCCCUUCAUCUUCACUGGCUGUGGGGGCAACAGAAACAACUUUAAAUCCAAAUACCUCUGUGAAGUCCGCUGCAUUGACGUAGAGGUAAGCAAGCUCUUGGUGCCUCACUCCACCUUUACAGAUACUACGUGGUUGGAAUCAACAUUUUACAGGCAACUCUAG